UCUACACAAUAUUUAUCACUAUAUAUAUACAUCUACAUAUUCAUAUAUAAUCAACAUGAUAAGAAUUAGUCAGUAGGUUUUAUCUGACGUAAUUUCGCAAAAGGCGACUCGGGUUUUUAAAUUUUUUUUUCAGCUCCAAUUUAUUCUGCGGAUUCUAACCUAGUGAUCGCAAGAAAUAAAUAUCACCGGAAGCAACUCUGGAUGAAAUGUUGAUUAAUUAGAGGACCGAAAUGAAGAAAAUUUGAUAGAAAUUUAAAUUAAGGCGGCAAAAAUAUUUUUUAAAAAUAAUUAUUGAAGAAGAGAGAAAAUAAAACUCCCAAAAUGAUGGAGAAAGUUAUUUCCGAGUCAUUUAAAAAAAUUCUCCAAACAUUUCCGCAUAGUAUGCGGUUCUGUUUCGCAUACGGAUCGGGAGUAAUAAAGCAAACUACUGAUCCCAAGAAGAAUAUGCUGGACUUGAUAUUCGUCGUGCGUAAUUCUGAGCAGUGGCACGCCGAAAAUUUAGCUCGCAAUCCAACUCACUACGCCCAGCCGCUGCGAUUUCUCGGUCACAAGGUUAUCAGUAGAUUCCAAGAUCACUGGGGCGCCAAGAUUUACUACAACACUCUGAUAAAAUCCGCUGACGAGAGACUGAUAAAGUACGGAGUUGUCAGCGAGUCCGCGUUGAUAGAAGAUUUGCUUGACUGGAAUUAUCUGUAUCUUGCUGGACGGCUGCAUAAACCGAUCCACAUCCUCUGUCCUCCGAGCGAAAAUUCCUCGAUUCAAACUGCCCUGGCGCAGAAUUUAAAAAAUGCCGCGCACGCGGCCCUGCUGCUUCUGCCGGAAAAAUUCUCAGAAAUAGAUUUUUAUCGAACGAUUGCGGGCCUGUCGUACCAAGGGGACUUCCGGAUGAUUUUUGGUGAAGACAAAUCGAAGAUUGCAAAGAUUGUCAUGCCGCAACUAUCAAGUUUUCAGGAAUUAUAUGAACCAGUUCUUAAAUUGUUUGACCACUGCCUCGACAUGCCGAGAGCUGAUGGUACUGCGAUUUGUCAUCAAGAUGACAGUCCCGCUGGGCGCAUUCAUCAUCUCUAUCAACUGCCGAGAACUCCGCAGAAAAAAUUGGCCCGGUUUUGGUCCAAGGGUCGCCGUACUCAGGACAUGGAGGAUUGUCUGAGGGCAAUUGCUCAUGAUCUUGAUUGCAGUGAAAUAGUGCAGAUUAUACUGAGCGACAUUGUCUGGCGGUCAAGUGUUUCGCAGAGUGUCAAAGGUAUCGCUACUGCGGGAGUAAUUAAGUCGGUAAAAUACAGCGGUAAUAAAAUAAUUAAAAUGAUAAAUUCUUAUCAAUCAAAACCGAAACUCAAAGAUUUGAUAAAAUUUAAACAGUUACAAGAAAGUACAAAUAAUUUUGUUAAUUUAAAUGAUAAAUUGGUAAAAAAAAAUGUCGAUUUAAAGUUAAAUCAAGAGUUAAAAAUUGAUGAUGAAAAAAUUGUAUUAAUUAAUGAAGAUAAGAAAUUAUUGAGUCAAGAAGAAAAAUCAUUGAGUCAAGAAAAAAAAUUAAAGGAUCAAGAAUUGAAAUUAAAAGAGCAAGAAAAAAAAUUACAUGAUCAAGAAUUAAAAUUACGAGAUCAAGAAAAAAAAUUAAUGAAACAAGAAAAUAUUUCAAUGGAUUUAAAAAUAAUUAAUGAAGAAUCAAAAUUUAAAAAAAAUAAUUAAUGAAUAAAAAAUAGUUUAAUUAAAUAAUAAAUAAAAUUAAUUAAUAGCUGUAGUUAAAAAAAAAACUCUAUGAAAUAAAAGUAUUAUUUAAAAAAUAAUAAUAGAAAAUUUU